AACGCGCACUCGGUCGACUGUCAGUAGUACCACCUUGACAGCUCAAAUCAUUAUCUAUUGCUACGCUACGUCCGUUGCGCGCAGUUGCCUUUGCCUCCAUUUUGCACGCUCGUCUCUUGUCUAUAAUUUUGAAUAGAUCGUCUUUAUGGGCAUGGUGUUACUGGUUGGAUAAUAAUGUGCGUCUAUUGAAAUGGAUACGUGGUCCGAUCUUUGCCGCUGUUGUUUGUCUGCCAAUUCCGAAGUGUCACUCUUGGAUUCGGAACAGAAUGUAACUGAGAAGUUUCUUGAAGUAACUACGAUUGAGGUGAAAGAAGACGAUGGUCUACCGCAGAAGCUGUGUGCCGAUUGUUUCUCUAUAAUGAACACCGCAUAUAAUUUUCGAAAGCAGUGCAUCAAAAUGGACAGUGAGUUACGUGAGCAGCUCAAUGCUGUGUUAGAAAAGUAUCAACAGGAAGAGGAUGAUUUCGAUAAUGAUCCUAUCAAGCAACUAGAAGCACUCAUAAAGCAGGAACCUACCGAUAGUGAUGAUGAUUGCUGCUAUGUCUUGGUUAUUGAUGACAAAGACAAGGAGCAUCAAACAGAAGCCUCCAAUGUUAAGUUAGAAACAUUGGAGGAUGCACCAAUGGAAGAAACUACAGACUCCUACUCAAACCAACAGAGCCAAAGCUCACAAAGUCAGUUUGAAGACUCCAUCGAGUCAUUCCUCAUGUCCAACACCAAAGUAUCUGCUAAUGUACCAGCUACUAUACUUGAAAAUGAGGAGGAGAGCCAAGAAAAUGAAGAUUUGGAAGGGGCCAUGAACAUUGAUGAAAGUCAGAACAGCAUGGACAUGGAUCAGCAACAGACCUUGGUAGAAGGUGAGGAAUCACAAGAUCAUGAAAUCAUUGAAACUAUCUCCACAGAUGUUAUUAAAGACCAGCCAAAUGCUAAAAAUUUCAUCAAAAUUUUGACUACCUCGGAUACUGAUGGUACUAUCCUUUUGAAGGGUAAUGACAGGAUCCAGUACUUAACUGAUUCCCAGUUAGUCGCCAAUGAAGAUGAAGAUGGUGAUGCUUUAUCCCAAGAAGUGAUAUUCUGUGAAGGUGAUGACUCCUCCCAGUUUCAAAUAUUGAAGUAUGAUGGCUCAGAACUAAUCAUAGAGUAUGCAGGCGACAGCCAAAUAGCUACAGUACUACAACAGGAAGAUGGUACAUUCUUGUGUGACUGUGGAGAGCAGUUUGAUGACUUGGCUGAGUAUGAGAAGCACCAGUUCAAGCACAACCCUGCCGGCGAAAAUUUAUGUAAUCUCUGUGGUAAAGGUUUUGAGUCAGCAGAAAUACUCACAGGACAUAUGUUACUCCACAGCAGUACUGGGCUCCUGAUCACAUGUCCCUUCUGUAACCAGCUAAUUAGACGCAAUGCUUUGACUCAGCACAUCAAAUAUGGUCACAACAAUAUUAAACCACGAUGCAAUGUUUGUUACAAGACAUUUGCCAAUCCCAACAACUUGAAGCGUCACAUGAUGAUUCACAGUGGUAUCAGGGAAUUUGAGUGUGACAUCUGUUUCAAGAGGUUCCACCAAAAGAUCACAAUGCAAACUCAUAGACUGACUCACUUGAACCCAUUUGCUUGCAAUCAUUGUGACAAAACAUUUGACAACAGGACAGCAUUGGCCAAUCACAAGGAGUCUGACGACUGCACCAAGUCCAAAGUGAUAAAAGUAAAAGAAGAAUUAAUGAAGACUGUGAAACAAGAAAUUACAACAAACCUUGGCAAGUUACUGGGGUAUGCUUGUUCAUUGUGUAAGAAGAUGUUUUCAGUUGAGUCUGCUUUGGAGCAGCAUAUAGAAAGCACACAUAUAGUUGAUCCUACAGAAUUGUUAUGUUCUGAGUGUGGUGAGGUGUUACCCUCAAAGAAAGACAUGCAGGCUCAUAUACUCACACACAAGAACUUAAAAGUAAAGAACGCAAAGAGGUUUGAGUGCAGUAUUUGUGGGAAAGGGUGUUCGAGCCAGGCAAUGUUGCUGAUGCAUGAACGGGUACAUACUAAUGAGAGACCAUUCCCCUGUCAACUGUGUUCUUUACGUUUCAAGACAAAAACACAUCUAAGGACUCAUCAACUAACUCAUACACGGGAAAAGAAGUUUGGAUGUUCAGUUUGUAUGAAGUUCUUUGCUCUCAAAGGUAAUUUGGUCGUUCAUCUUCGAACACAUACAGGAGAGCGUCCAUAUGUAUGCUCUAUAUGUGGAGAAGCGUUCAUAGACUCUAAAUAUUUGAAAAAACAUAAACUAAAGAAACAUGCAAUUGAUAAUGUGCCGUGGAAUCAGUACUAGGAGCAGUGCUUUUACAUUGUAGUGUGUAUCUAGAAUUUUCUACUGUGAAUGUAGGUCUAAUUCUCAUAGUUAGUUAAAAUUGCAGAGAACGAUUUUUGUUUCUUUUUUUUUUGUGUUUUUCAUUUGUCUGUGCACUAAGAAUAAAGCUUGUAGUUAAGCAGGCUGGUUAUAUUGUCAUACUUAUACUUAUAAAAUCACAUUUUUUUAAAAGCAUAUUACCAAAAACGUUUAGGUAUAAAGGUGAUUACUGAAUGUAGCCAGUUCUUUAAACAUAUUAUGUUAUACUUAUACAUAUAACAACAUAAUAUUAAAAUACUCUCAGUCAUAUCACCUUAUUUUAGUUACUAUUAAAUGCAAUGUGCUGCGCUCUCUACUUACAAUUUUUAAAAGCGCAGUUGUUUCAACAUGUUCAUGUAUGUAAAUAAAUACAGAUAGCUCUAUAAUAUGUCUGUUUAUCUAGAUCAGGGGUUCCCAACCUUUUCUUGGUCAAGAACCACUUUAAUAUCAUUCUUGUUAGGUUAGGGACUACUUUUUUCAUGUCCCACACUAAGAUUGUCUUGUGCUGAUUGCUUACCAUCAAGUGAACAGCUUGCUUGUUAGCUUCCUAUUCCAUAAAAAACAUCAUGCUUCUCCAUUGUUAUGACAUAAGUUUAUUUCGUGCAUGUUUUAUUCGUAACUAUGGUAUUUAUUAGACAGACAUUAGUCUUGGGUAUUUUUUUCCAUUUCGUGCACCAUAUUUUGCCUUUUACCUACCAUUUGUGGUGUACAGGCCACCGGUUGGCUACCACUGAUCUAGAUAAUUAUCAUAAUGUGCACAUUGUAAAUAUAAUAUUAUGUAUUGUAUCGAAAAGGUGAAAAUUGUAUGAAAAAAUCUAUUACAGUGAUGUUACAAAAACUAUGAAUAAUAUGUAUACAAAUUAUUACUCCUUUUUGGGACAAUUUGUCAGAAAAGCGGCCUUUAUAAUGUUCUUAGGUAUAGUAAUUUGUUCUGUGUUCACUAUGAUCCAAACAAGGUUUUAAAAGCAAAUACAAGUCUUUAAAAUAAUAUAGUACUAAAUAGCUUCCCAUUGUUGAAUUUCGAUUCAAUUUUGGUCAACAAUAUGCUUUAAAUAUAUUAUGUAUAUUGAGAAAGAAUGCAAGUUAUAUACAACAUAUUAAAAUAUGUAUGUUGAUGCCAAUCAAGUCUAAUGUCAAACAUUAGAUCUACAUUUUGUGUAAAUAUUAGCUUAUUUUUUCAUCGAAUAUAAAGUUCGGAAUUCGGAUUUUUUGUUUUAGUUUUUUAUCACAUGAACUUGUAAGUGUAAUUAUUUAAUUUGUAAAUAUAGUUUCUGCAUAUGUUUGAAAGUUUUAGUUUAUUAGAUUAGCGGUUGCAUUUCCUGUGUGUUAUUUUAAAAACUUAUUACAGUACUAGGGCACUAGAAAAGAUAAGAGGUUAAAUUCCUAGUAUUUCUUUAAUGAUUUGAUUUGCAUAUAACGUGAAUUUCCAUGUGCCUGUAUCAUCAUAAUUCACAAAGUUUUUAUUUUAAGUACUGAAACCCUUAAUUUUGCCAUGACACAACUUUUGAAUACCACACUCUUAACUAUUCUGGCGCCCUAGUACCUACACUAUAAAGUAAAUCAAAUAUAAAUUAGUUUCACAGUCAAAUUGUACCAGUAGGUAGCUUUUUAACCGACUGCAUCACAAAAGAUGUGCGUGUUCAGUUCGACACAUUGUAUUUAGUAAAAAUACAUUGUGUAUUGCUUUGAUUGUUUUUACAAAAUGUCAUGUCGACUGAUGUGAAUGUAUUUUAUGCUACCUUUAAGUUAUUUAUACAUAUAUAUCAAUGUACUGAUAUUUUAAUUGAAUUUGCUAAAAGGGCUAAUGUUUUUUUACUCAUCACACGGUGCUAAUGUAGCAUGACUAGGUGUCGAAAAAUAACACAAGAUCAAUCUUUAUGGGACCGUAAAACAGGGUGAAUAGAUGCAGGAAUGGGGUAAAUAGAUUUUAGAACAUUUUCUAUCUAUUUUGUAUCUAUUCACCCCGUGUUACCGUACAUACAAACAGGACCUCGCGCUAUAGUAGCAUUGUCUGAUGAGAAAAAAACGUCUGUAGCCCUCAUUAAUGAUGUAACCGCUUUUCCUUCGCGUCUAUUUCACCACCUUUGAAGUAAGCUCCUGAUAAAAACCAAUGAAUAGAUCUCACUAGUCUUGAUUUCAUUAUGGUGCUCCCACAAUGCUGUAAAAACAAUGUUGAAAUACUAUUUCAUACGAUUUCGUUUGGAAAAAGUUAUAACUUUGUAUUUAUUUUAAAGUCGUUAGGAUUAUAUUAUGAUAAAAUCUUGUUAAAGUAAGGUACAAUAAAAUUAUAUGUGAACUUCGUUUACUUAGUUUAGUCAAUAUUUUAAUAAGAUUUUAUCAUUACUGUCUCAAAUAUACUGUAUUUUUGUCACGUGAGUCACAAUGUUAUCUUUACUAAUAUUAUAAAGCUUGAGUUUGUUUGAACGCCCUGAUAUCUGGAACUACUGGUUCGUAUUGGAUAUUUUUUUUGUUUUGUCCAUUUAUCGAGAAAGACUGUAGGUUAUAAAACAUCACGACAACAGAUGAAACCAUGUAGUUUAUUAAUGUAUGCAAAAUAAAUAUUGAAAAUGCUGUUUUUAAACAUUCUUAACUGCAUUGUGGGAGCUCUCUUUCGACUGAAAGUUACACUUCGGUGGUGAAAUAUUCUUUUAAAAUAGUCUCAAAUGUUUUGUUUUAUAAUUAAGUUAAUGUAAAAAUCUUUUCAGCUGAAUUAAUGGUAUGUGUCAAACCAAUUUUUUUUUGUGAAGGAACUACGACAACGAUUAAAAGUAUCAAUUUUAAUUUUA